AUGGACGCUGUAGUGUGUCGGCGCGUGGGGUCUCUCAAGCCGUCCGAUCCGCUGUCGGAAAAGGACGCCAUCCUCGCAUUCGAGCGCAACUUCCCAGUCCCUUCCCUUCACCACCCCCCGUCCUCCUCGUCCGUCCUCCUUCGCGUGGCAGCAGCCAGUCUAAACUUCGCGGACGCCCUGCAAAUAAUGGGGCAGUACCAGGAACGACCCCCGGUGCCGUUUGUCCCGGGUGCAGAGGUGGCGGGGGUGGUGGAGGAGGUGGGGGAAGGCGUGGGAGGGUUUAAGCGAGGGGAUAGGGUUUGCGCCGUGGUGGGAGGAGGGGGGUUUGCGGAUUUCGCAGUGGCAGAUGAAGGCUCGUGUUUCCACAUCCCUCCCGCAGUGCCCUUCCCAGCAGCAGCAGCGCUGCCAGUGGCGUUCGGUACGGCCCAUCUUGCGCUCACGCAGCGGGCGCACGUGGGGAGGGGACACGUGGUGCUGGUGCUGGGAGCAGGGGGCGGCGUGGGCGUGGCAGCAGUGCAGAUAUGCAAGCUGCUGGGAGCCACUGUCAUUGCCGUUGCCAGAGGGGCAGAGAAGGCCAAUCUCCUGGCAUCACUGGGAGCAGACCUUGUGAUUGACACGGCGCAGCACACGCACCCCAACGCCAUCCGCGACCAAACCACCCAGUUCCUCAAACAGCGAUCCCAGAAGCGCUCCAUUGGUGGACCGGGCGGCAGGCCGGGCGGCACGCCGGGCGGCGGGACGGGCGGCAAAGGCGGCAGGGGCGGCGGGGGGGUGGACGUGCUGUUUGACACGGUGGGCGGCGAGCAGUUCAAGCAGGGGCUGCGGGUGAUGCAGUGGGGCGGGCACGUGCUGGUCAUCGGCUUUGCCAGCGGUGCCAUUCCUAGUAUCCCAGCUAACAUCGCUCUCGUGAAGAACCUCACCAUUCACGGUGUGUACUGGGGCAGCUACAUGCAGCACAACCCCGCUGUGCUGCAAGCAUCAAUGCACCAGCUCCUAGCAUGGCUUGCUAACGGCGCCAUCAUGGAGGAUCCGUUCCUGCUCCCUUCACCCUAUCCACUCGUCCUCCUCACCCCACUGUCCGCCGCCCCUUUCCGUUCCCCCACUCCCCUUUAUUUCCCCUCAUCCCCACCACCCCACCACCCCUCCUCCUUCCUGUAUCCUCUCCUGGUCUCUCAUGUGCUGCCCUGCCUUGGUUUAUUCCGUGCUGCCCUCUCAUACGAUUGUCUGUGCUGUCUGUGCUGCCCUCUCAUGGUUCUGUCAUCAAAGGGGCUGUACAAGCAGCGUGUUCUGAACUUCGCGCGUCCGGGCGGUCCGACACAGCCGGCACCGUCUGUGGAGACGCGACCCGUGGCUCCCGAACCUGCGUCUAACGACUUCGAGGACCCCAAAGGCAAGAAGCUGUCGGUUGAGGAGCUUCAGCUGAAGUGCAAGGAGCAGUGGCAGCGAUACUUUCCCUGGCUAUUCAUCUCCGAAACCAAGGAUGGCCGACCCUGCAUGCGCUGCAGCAUCUGCAUGGUUUUCGCCGACCCCCACUCCAAGUACGGGCGGUUCGGUGUUGGUGGCACCGACAUUAAGAAGCAGACGAUGCGCAAGCAUCACCACAGCCUGAAGCAUGAGGCGGCGGUCCUGCGGAAGGAGCAAUGUGACGGAGCGAAGAAAGGACAGAGGUCCAUUGUGGACUUUCACCAAGGGGACGAGGAGGUUGACGCGACCCAUGUGCUGCCGAUGGUACACAACACGACUUUGCUGCUGCGCACUCGUUACCUCGACGGCGACGACGAGUCUUUCGGCCAAGGCGGAGAUGCUUUGGGCCCCUUUCUCAAGAAGCACGCGUCCAGGGAAUGCCGAGAGGUGAAGCUGGCUGGCACAUCUUCCGACGGAACUUCGACUGACCUUACCUACACACUCCACGAGGAGCCCAUCAAAGGGCAGAAGACCGGUGCGGACCACGGUGCGUGUUUGGAGUUGGCGUGCGCGUUCGUGACAACCUUGAUCGGCAGGCUCGAUCACCGCCUCAAGGACCUCGCCAACCUCGACGGGGCGAAGCUGUUCAAGCAGGGGUCGUAUCCCAAGAACCAGGCCAAGCGCGAGCGGAAACUUGCACAGUGGCUGCAGUCGCUGCGCAAUAUGUUUAAGAAGAAGCCUGAAGACCCCGACACCCUACCAGGUGCGUAA